CCCUGCUCUAUAUUGCGGGUCCUCACGCUCCUGCCUGCUUUCUCCUGCACAGACUGCAAUGGCGGAUUACGAUAACUACGAUGACCGGGAUCGGGCUUACGGCAGCUUCGGAGGUGGAAGGGGAAGAUCCCGAGGAGGUAGCGGCUCAGGAGGACCCCGCAAACAGAAGGAGCUGCCCGCAGAGCCUCCCUACACAGCCUAUGUAGGAAAUCUGCCCUUCAACACGGUGCAAGGAGACAUAGACGCCAUUUUCAAGGAUCUCAGUGUCCGGAGCGUCCGACUAGUCAGAGACAAAGAAACAGACAAGUUCAAAGGGUUUUGUUACGUAGAGUUUGAUGACUUGGAAUCCCUAAAGGAAGCCUUGACAUACGACGGGGCUCUCCUAGGAGAUCGGUCACUGCGAGUGGACAUAGCAGAGGGCCGCCGGCAAGAAAAAGGUGGAGGAGGGUUCGGUUUCCGAAAAACGGAUGAGAGAGGGAGGGGUGCCCCCAGAGGUCCCAGAGGAGGGGGAAGGGACCCCAGAGAUUCCAGAGAGGACUUCAGCCAAUCUGGAGGAGGCUUUAGAGAUGAUGACUUCCUGGGUGGGAGGAGUCGAGGGGGUGGGCGCCCAGGCGACAGGAGGGGGGCGAGUGCUGGUGGGAUUGGUCGUUACAGGGAGGGACCCCCGCGUGGCGGCUCCAUGGACUUCAGAGAGCCCUCCGAAGAGGAAAGAGCACAGAGACCAAGACUACAGCUGAAGCCUCGCACAGUCGACGCUCCUCUUAACCAAGUCGCCAACCCCAACUCGGCCAUAUUCGGCGGGGCCAAGCCCAGGGAGGAGAAUUAAUAAAUCCAUGUGGCUGCAUUAUUCCGGAAGGCUAAACUGGAUCGCGACUGGCUUUGUUGACCAAAAAUCUUUCAAAGACUUCUCCCAAAGAAAGCCCAGUGUGUUUAAGGCACUGGGUUCUCAUCCCUUCUGCAGGUGCACAGGGUGUGCCCUCGUCCAGCUGGUACAGUGCCAGUGGAGUCUUGGGCGGUGGGUACGACCCUGGCAUGUGUCAACUCUUUGGUGUACCGACACCAAAGGCAAGCAGCUCAGACAGUGGCUUCAGUUUGAUUCUGUUGCCUUUGGGUAAGGACGUCAUGACAUUUACCUUUUCUUUUCCCCUUCCAAAGGCAUCUUUUAUGUUGCAUACUGAUGAAAUAGACACAACAGACAAGGCUGAUAUGCGUUGUCUUUUUUUGAGUUUCUAAAAUACUUAAUUCAGUGAAUCAAAGUUCCACUGUCCUAUACAUUAAAUGAUGAUACCACAACAGAACCACACUCACCUUUUUUGUCUUAAUGUUUUACUUUUGCAUUCUGUUAUUCUUUGUAUUUGAAAGAUUUUUGAUCGCAGUGCAGCGCAGAGUAGUAGAGUUGCUUUCGGCAGUAAUGAAGCAAUACAGAAACCCAACUGCUGUAGAAGAGCAGCAUGAACACACAGUAGUUAGAAAUGGAAAAUGGUGAAAAACGCUACAGUCCUAGUCGCGCCGAUAUGUAUUUAUCUUCCACAGCUAGCAAUAGCACCAAUAAGAAAUUCUCUUGAUUCAAAAGCAAACCACAGGGUGCUUAUUGAAGAAAAGCAAACCAUUUCCUUGUAUCUCCAUUCCAGAUAGCGCCAAAAUUAAAAAAAAAAAACUGAUCAAACAUGCAAAGCUUGGGAAUCUGUGUUGUGGCCAGUUUUGUUCACAUCUCUUUUAAGCCCUAGAUAAGACGUGAUAUAGUGAUGAAUAUUCUUACUGUAGAAAAGUCAGUAGUCUAACUUUUUUUCCUCACUGUUUAUGGCAAUAAAACAUAUCUCAUCUUACAGACACUCUUAAUGUGUUGAAGUAUCGGAUAAGAAUCUGUUCCUAGGCGGUUUGCUGGAAGUCCCAGCGGCUGGGUGUUCCGGAGCUGAUGCUGCUGAUGUGUCCAGGAGAGCUGUUUCCCUCUCUGGCUCACAGGUCUCCUUUGUCCUCAGCAAUGUUAGCUGCCAGUAAACCUGCUGGUGCUGCUAGAGGACAGUUGGAAUCUGAAGGCUUCUUGGUAUAGUCCUCCCUUCACAUGCUGGUCUUGAAGCCUCUUUACUCACCGGUGAUGGGGGAGGGGGGAUCUUUGAUUUCACUUGUAAGGGGAAUCCAAGUUUGCUUCCAUUGCCCUCAGUGCAGAGUGCUUCCUUAAGGGGGUGGUGUUGCAGCUUUCACAAUAUUCAGUAAACAGUAAGAAGUCAGAACAGGCACUUGCCUUUUUUUUAAAGAAUUUCUCUCCAGAGCUUUGAAGUGUUUCUCUUGUCAGGAAAUAUGUUUUUUUUUUAUUGGCUGUGCUUUGCUAACAAUUUAAAGUGUAGCACACCCAGAAUUGUUUAGGAAUUGUUACCAGAUUAAUGACAGAAUUUAGGAGAACUUCUAAAAUUGACAGUCCUAUAUCACACUAGGUAAUGGUAACAUCAAGAGGCCCUGAGGUAAUGUGAAAAUCUGAAAUUUCUCUCAUGCAGUUUCAGCCAAUAACUGGCAGUUUUCCCAAGUGAUUUAUAUAUAUAUUUAUUUUUCCUCAAAUACUUGGAGUAUUAUGUGGGCCCUCUGUUUGAGCAAAUGGGUAACCUUGAAAGGGGUCUGAAGUUUCAGGCAAGAGUUCUCUUGGUUUUAAAAGCCAUCAUUCUGACUGAAUUGAGUUGAGUAGGUUAAAACGUGCAGGUUAAUGAAUGCCAAGAAUCUCAAGUCUCAAUGGAUUUUAGUUUCUAUUCAAAAUGGUUCUAGAUAAUCUUGAAGUACCCCUGAGCACAUUAUAUUUUAAAAUUAAUAUUCUGUUCUGCUUGUUUGCCUCGUCAAAUUUUGGGUAGUCUUUUUUUUAAAGAAAAUUUUAGUGAAAUUAAAAUUAAAUUGUUUGCUUAGGGCCGUAGAAAAGAAAGCAACACAGAAUAUUAAUACAACUAUGGAAAUGAAGUGGUUAUGAUACAAUGUAGGAGUCCUUAAACUGAGCUAGUGUAAGCUUGUGUACUCAAGAUCAGUGGCUGGAAACGUCUGGGCUGUAGACGGCUGUGUUGUCCCUUGUUCAGUUUGAACUGGCGCUGGCCCUCACUGGUCUUUUCCCAGACAGCUGGGUCUACAGAUCUGGUUAGUUCACACAUUACUGGUCUGGACUUGUCCUGGCAUCAGCCUGCACAUUGGACAUUCACUGCAACCCUGAUGAGAGAGACGCACUUCAGUCUCGGGAAAGAAAUCUCAAAAGUAAAGGCUCUUGUGCUCAGCGUAAGUGAGGCGCUGUCAUGAAGGUGUGGGUGUUUGACUCCCUCGGCACGUUGGAGGCAGGCUUGGUUUCCGUGACUUCUUGGAUUUGGCAUCUGCUGUAAACUUGCCACCUCCCUGUAGUAACCCUAGCAACCAACAGAGCUUCGCUUUCAUGCAACUUGUGCAUUUUAAGCUGUCAUUUCAAAAAUAAGAACCAUUUGUGUAACACUUCUUCAAACUGGCAAGACAUGCAUUGUUUGGUUUAUCUUCAGUGUGGAUUAUUCUGAUGUCAGACUGAAACUAAGUCUUGAAUGUGUGGGGAGGGGGGAGGGGAGGCAGAUUUAUAUUUUUAUUUUUUUUAAUUAAACCAUCCCAUGUUAAUGAUUGUUUCACUCUUCAGUCAACUGAGUUGACUUUUAAAUGUAACAAAGUAAACUCCCAACACUUCACACAUUCUGCUUCGUAAGGAAAAAAUAAAUAUGAAAAAGACAAAAAACAGUGAAUUUAAGGAUUUGGUAUUUUGUGAAUGAUCUUUUAAAUAAAAGAAAAGUUAAGUAAC